CUAAGGCCGUGUCGUGAUGACGACCAAUGUAUUGAACUAGGUCUACUUGGGGCUCAGGUUGGGACCUGAUCUGCAUUCGUGUUUGUAAGACUUGACUCCUUUAUUCUCAUUUAAAACCGGCCAGAGAACCACGGUGGUAAAUAUUGUAUCAACGCUAGCCGUUACAGCCCAUUUCUUUGAUCAAUUGUUCCGUUACUAACACUCUUUUUCUCUGCGGCCACCAAAAUCUUCCGCCACUCCAAAUCGCCGAUGAAAUUUCUGGAUUCUUGCCUUCUCUCUGGUUUGGAUGCCUACAUACGCGUAACUGCCGCCGGGUUCAGCGUUCAUACGCACUUCCAUCCUUGCUAGAUGCAUGCCGCGUUCAAUAUUGCGGACCUCCGGCUCACUCCUCACCUUACCUGUGACGCUCACCUGGGUUCCCGGAGCGUCAGGUCCCGCCCAUCCUAUGAAUCCACAACCGGGAUCACCGCUGGUGAACAUCCGCUCGCCCGCAUUCGGCAGUGGUGGCACUCGAGCUACGCGAGUACGUCUCCGUGCAUGUGAUGCAUGCCAUCAUAGAAAGGUAAAGAUAGAUCAAUUACAAGAACAUGGCCUCUCUACUUGUGGUCUUACAGUACAGGACAUUGCUGAGGUCUGAAGAUCAAGUGUGAUAGUACCACAGUCCCAUGUGACUGGUGUCGACAUCACAAUAUUAUUUGUGAGAUCAAAAGGGCAUGUGGCCCCAGACGGAAAGAGAAGCGAUCAGAACUCGGCGAGUCUAGCCUCGUUCAGCGUCUUGAACGAAUGGAAGACAUCUUGAUCAAGAAUUUGAAAAUGCGAACCUGGCCGGUCCCGCAAGUUACCUGCAAUCCGGAGCCAGCAGAACAGUUCCAUCAACGUGGGCCCGAUAACUCAACUCCCGCUCUGAUAUACCUGGCGUCCUAUAAACUCGGGGACAUCAACCUUUUUCAUGGCGUGCCUUUUCUAUCACGUGGGGGUCAGAGAUGGAUUGUCGUUCGAAGUGAAGAAGAUAGGUUGGAGACGAACAACUAUAAUGUCCCUGGCCCUCUGUGGCUGAAUCAAGAUCACGACUAUCGCCCUGAAUCUCUCCUCCGUCUAACGCUUACAGAUCUGCCCCCUCGCUACGUUCUAGAACGCUCUUUGGAGAAACAUCAAAGCUCAGAGUUUGCCGAUGCGUUCCCGUUGAUCGACUCUUCGCUGUUUGCCACCACUAUGGAAGAAGCGUACAAUAAUCCAGGCUCGUAUGAAGCAUUGCCAGCAAAAGCAUCUAUAUUUGCUUAUUUGGCCUUGGCGUAUUUGGUCGGCGACUCCGGAGAUGAGCCUGCAACUUCUCUGAAUGUUGAGCGAUACGACAUUGCCUGCCAAUUACUCAUACCUGACCUCUUCAGUGCAAGGGCUAGCAGCAAGGUUGUCGAUGCACUUAUGAUGAUGGGGGUCUACCAGUUCACAUGCGGUAAUAUCCACAGAACAGACAUCAUCAUAUCCCUUGCGUCUAAAUCUUUGUUCAUGCUGGGCGCUCACUUAUAUCCUGGCCUUGAGAUCGAUGGCGCGCCGAGUGGAUCUUUGAAUCUCGAAGCGCGCAAAAGGCUCCAUCGACGGGAUCUAUUUUGGAUCUGCUACACAUUAGACAAAGAGAUCACAUUCCGUACCGGGCGACCACCUAUCAUCAACGACACCUCAUGCGAUCUCACCUUUCCAGUGUAUUACUUGAAUCAGAUAUCUCGCGGUCAUGACGGAAGAUGGCGACUUCCAGGCGACCUCCGCCUUAGUAUGAUCAAAUCAAAGGCUUACGAAAAGCUCUAUUCGCCCCAGUCUUCACAUAAUUCUGACAGCGACAUAUUGAAAAACAUCCGAGAGCUUGACAAUAUGCUGGAGGUCUGGAGAUUGUCACUUCCAGUCCGUUGCAGACCAACACUCUCAUCAUUUCCUAAAAGGGCAUCAGCUCGGCCAGAGGAUACGCCAAGGAAUAUUUCAGCUUUCGUUAUUCGGCUGGAGUACUAUCACUGCGUGACGACAAUUCACCAAGCGAGUAGUCGAUGCAAGAACUGGAGUCAUAAGCACCGAGUCGAGGAAGGCCUGCGUUCAAGCAUAGAUGUCGCGCUAAGAAGUAGUCGCUGCCAGCUAUCCAACCUGCAUCUUGGUGAGCCCUUUUUCAUUCCCAAACACUUCUGGGUUGUCCUCUUUUAUCCCAUGUCUGCGGUAUUGACUCUUCUGUCACCUCUUACUCGACCCAUCGGCGGAAACAGCGGUGUCAGAUGCUCAAAUCUUGAAAGGUUGCUUAUCGUGUAUUGAAGACCAUCUUACUUCAACAAGGUUCCAUGAGCUCUCUGAGCUGCAAAAAUUACACAUGAGGCGCGUCUACAAGGCAAUCGUAGAAGUUGUCCAUUCUGCCGAAAAAGCCACUUUCCAAAGCAGUCAAUCGCAAAACUCGAGCACUCCUGAACAAACUUGAACGAAUACCACGUGAUGCGCGAACAGAGUGAUCCAAUCAGUGGCCAAAACGAUGUGGUAGCUGAGACAGCGUGGCCGAAGAGCGCCCUAGGUCGUGGCGGCCAGGAGUUUUUUUUUUCCUAGAAUUCCACCCCUGGCCUGUGGAGCAAACACAGGACCUCUGUCUACCUACAUCUUAUGCCCGAACUGGCGGUCGGUACCAGGUUAUUGACGGCAGUCCAAAUGGGCCAGAGUAUAUAGCUUAAUCCGAUGUUAUCGGUCAGAAGGCCAAUUAUCAAUAAAAUGGUCCAGAUAUAA